AUGCCUCUAGGACGGAUACCACAAUCAUCAUACUACGACGCCCGGAAUCGACCAGGCGCGUCCCUCUAUCGAGCUCGACAACCAUAUCUGGUUCGGAACAUCGUAACGGGAUUAUGCAUCAUUGGCUUCGUCGGUGGCGUGUAUUCAUGGACAAUCCGCGCUAUUGGCCAGGAUGACUUCUCCGACGUUCCUAUGCCUGAUGCCCCAGCUUCGACAGGCGCCGCACCACACGCGAGUGCAGUGAAGAGCGCGGGAAAAGCGUGA